AUGGACCUGCGUCAGUCAGAGCUGCUGCAGCAUGGUGCCCAGAUAAAGGAGGCCCAGGCCAGAUUUGGGGGACCGGGCGGGGCCUGGAGAGCCAAGGGGAGGCACCGAGCGGGUGGCCCCGGCUCACAGGCCAAGACCGACGGCGGCGACGCCCUGAGCGAGCAGAGCGGCGCGCCCCCGCCCUCCACGCUGGUGCAGGGCCCCCAGGGGAAGCCGGGCCGUACAGGCAAACCCGGACCUCCGGGACCCCCCGGGGACCCGGGUCCUCCGGGCCCUGUGGGGCCACCUGGGGAGAAGGGUGAGCCGGGCAAGACCGGCCCUCCCGGGCUACCUGGCGCGGGGGGCAGCGGCGCCAUCAGCACGGCCACCUACACCACGGUGCCACGCGUGGCCUUUUAUGCCGGCCUCAAGAACCCUCACGAGGGCUAUGAGGUGCUCAAGUUCGACGACGUGGUCACCAACCUAGGCAACAACUACGACGCGACCAGUGGCAAGUUUACGUGCAACAUUCCCGGCACCUACUUUUUCACCUACCACGUCCUCAUGCGCGGCGGCGACGGCACCAGUAUGUGGGCGGACCUCUGCAAGAACGGCCAGGUUCGGGCCAGCGCCAUAGCCCAGGACGCAGAUCAGAACUACGAUUACGCCAGCAACAGCGUGAUCCUGCACCUGGACGCUGGCGACGAGGUCUUUAUCAAGCUCGACGGAGGCAAAGCGCACGGCGGUAACAGCAACAAAUACAGCACGUUCUCCGGCUUCAUCAUCUACUCCGACUGAGCAUCCCGCGUCCCCCUCCACCGCCCCCCCCUCCCCGGGAUUCCCGGGGAAGGGGGACAGAGGAGGAUCCAUCUCCUGCCCGUUCCCAGCUGCCAGUCCUCCCGGCUAUGACGCCCAGGCCCUGCUCUCCACCCGCCCGGGCUGCAGUUAGGCCCUCACGCUGAUGCGCCGCAGAGCCGGUCCAGCGCGUCGCGUCCCGAUGCAGGGAGGCAAGGUUGACCGCCCCUGCCCCGGCCCGCGCUGUGUGUUUGUACACUAGGACUGUUUGCUGCCCUCCUCCGUUCGCCAGCCCUAGUCUUGGGGCCCGUCUCAGCGGGACUGGCGUCCAGAGCUCGGAAGCGCUGUCCUCCGGCUCCCCGGUGGCGCCGCCUGGGGGAAGGGUGGGGGUAGGGCUGGGAUAGCUUCCCAGCACCCCCAGAAGCUCCUGCCCCAGUCUGACCAAAGCUAUAAUAAAAACACU